AUGAAAAUCGCAACCCUUCAAUUCGCCCCGAAGCUGGGGGAUGUUGAUGGUAACAUUCAGAGGGCGAAUGAAUUAUUAAAAAAGGGUAAAUCCGUCUCAUUGGGGGAUCAGACGCUUCCCAUUGAGAUUGGUGUGGAUUUGUUGAAACCUGAUGUCUUGGUGGUACCGGAGCUAGCGUUCACUGGUUACAACUUCCCUUCAUUGGAAGCAAUCAAGCCAUAUCUCGAGCCAGUCGGUUCAGGGCCCAGUGCUUCAUGGGCACGAGAAACAGCCAAGCGCCUGCAGUGCAAAGUCUGCGUGGGCUAUCCCGAAAUAGAACACAGUCUCACGGAACAAGCCAAGUACUACAACUCUUUGCUUGUGGUCAAUGAGCACGGGGAAGUGAUCCACAACUACCGCAAAAGCUUCCUGUACUUCACCGAUGAGACAUGGGCUGCCGAAGGACACGUGGAGCGGGGGUUCCACGAGCUCUCCUUCCAUAUGCGAGACUCCGCACCCGCGCAGGGCGCAGACGAUAUUCACCGAACAUCCACAAGACGGGUGGCAACCUCGUUCGGCAUCUGCAUGGACAUCAACCCGUACAAAUUCGAAGCCCCCUACACAGCAUGGGAAUUCGCCAACCGCGUGCUAGAUUCGCAGUCCCAGCUCGUCAUUCUCUCCAUGGCCUGGCUGACGCUCCUUAGUCCAGAGGAACUCGCUGCACUAGAAGGCCAGCCCGAGAUGGACACGUUCAACUACUGGCUGAACCGGUUCUAUCCGCUGAUCGAGAAGAAGAUGCAGCAUACACAUGAUCUGGAUGGAGAUGAGGGCCCUAAAAAGGUGGUGAUCGUCUUUGCGAAUCGGGCCGGGGAAGAGCCGGCGGCAGAUGAUACUAAGCCACCGGCGCGAUACGCGGGGACCAGUGCCGUCAUUGCUGUGACGCAACGGCCGCGUCCCGAGGGGUCACCGGUUGGGGGCCAGGAGGAUGUGAUCGGCGGGAAACCGGCGUUGGAUGUGAAAAUCCUCUGCUGGGAUCUGCUGGGGGCGACCGAGGAGGGUAUCUGUUUCGCGGAUACCACGGGAGACCCGGAAAUGGUGUUUGGGGUAAGAUCUAGAUCGGAGUCAGAGUGA